AUGAGUACAAUCGCGCGUACAAUUGCUGGAAAUGAACCAACACAAGAGUUGUUCAUAUCGCAAUACGUCCGAGGUGGUAACGAGUACUCGCGAUGGACUUAUACGACGAUGUUUCCGCUUGGAGAAAAGCCCGAAUACGUUUAUAUGCCGAAAAUACGUCCUUUGACCAAUGUAUCACCAUCAUCAGUGCUGCCUGCACCCUCAUCUCCUGUCAUUAACACGAAUGCAGAAAAUGUUAACGAUGUAAAUGAAACAAAGCAAAUGAUCACAAAGAAUUUAUCGGUAUAUAUCACAAAGCAACUGUCAACAUGUGAAAAUGCAUUACAGAAGGCUCGUGUGAAUAUAGACAACCUGAAGAUUUUGGCUGGAAAAGAUACUCAAACGGAUUUACAAAGACUCGACAAGGAAACAAAAGCGUUACUCGGUGAAAUUAACAGUUUGAACGAUGCGUUGCGUAAAUCGAAUGACUCUAAUGGCGAAAUUAACGUCAGCGAGAAGUUGAAAGUAAAAUAG